GACCGAGGAGAGGCGCGGGCGCCCGGGCUGGAGAAGGGGAAGCGGGAGCAGAGGCCGAGGGGGCGGCCGCAGAGUGCCGGGGUGGGCGCGGCGAAGCGCCCGAGCCUCCUCCUGCCCGGCCGCGCCCGGCCGCCCGCAGCCCGCGCGCUCCCCCGGCCCGCCGCGCAGAAUGUGGCGGCGGCCCGGGCCCCGGCCCCGCGCGUCCUGGCGCUGGGCGCUGGCCCUGCUGGCCCUGGGCGGCGCGGGGCUGGGCCAUGCCGGCCCGCAGCCCGGGCACCCUGCGCGGCCCAGCGCCAGGAGCAAGAACUGGUGCGCCUACAUCGUGAACAAGAACGUGAGCUGCUCCGUGCUGGAGGGAAGUGAGAGUUUUAUUCAGGCUCAGUACAACUGUCCCUGGAAUCAGAUGCCCUGUCCGUCCGCGCUGGUGUAUCGUGUGAACGUCAGACCCAGAUAUGUCACUAGGUACAAAACAGUGACACAGUUGGAAUGGAGGUGCUGCCCUGGCUUUAGAGGGGGAGACUGCCAAGAAGGUCCCAGAGACCCCGUGAAGACUCCCCGCCCCAUGCCUGCUCAGCCUCGAAACAGCAUGAAGAAAGCCACAGACAAUGAACCAUCGGAGCCAAAGAAUACUUUGUCGCCAACUCAGGCAGCAGAACCAAGUCAGACAGUAGAUCCAAAACAGGGGCCCCAAGAACUUCAGGAAAAGAAAAUCCACAUACUUGAGGAGAAGGUUCUCCGACUCACAAGGACAGUUCUUGAUCUCCAGUCUUCCAUUGCUGGAGUGAACGAUAACCUCAAACAUGCCAUUCAGGAUGAUGCCAGCAAGAUGCUGGCAUCAUGGCUCAGUAACUUGCACCCCCAGCCAGUGCCUGACAGCGCCGUUGGUGGAGACACAGAAAUGGUCCAGUUUCCUGGUGUCCUCGAAAAGAAGGAAUCUGGCAUGAAGGACAUCAAAUCUGAAUUGGCCGAAGUCAAGGAUGCUCUGAAGACCAAGAGUGACAAGCUGGAAGAGCUAGACGGGAAAGUGAAGGGGUAUGAAGGGCAACUCAGACAGCUGCAGGAGGCUGCCCGGGGGCCUGCGGUGACCAUGGCGACCAGGGACCUCUACCAAGCCUAUGUUGAUAGUAAGAUUGAUGCCCUGAGAGAGGAGCUCAUGGAAGGAAUGGAUAGAAAGCUGGCCGAUCUGAAGAACUCAUGUGAGUACAAGCUGAUAGGUGUCCAACAGCAGUGUGAUGACUAUGGGAGCAGCUACCUGGGAGUGAUUGAGCUUAUAGGAGAGAAGGAAACAAGCCUGAGGAAAGAAAUAAAUGACCUUCGAGCCCGGGUACAAGAUCCUUCAGCCCGGUCAGAUUGCUGUGGUAGUGGAAAGAAUGGUGACUUCGCACAACAGAUCAAGGUGUUAGACCAAAAGGUUGAAAGAGUUGCUGAAGCCGCCAGAAUGCUGAAUGGGAGGCUGGACAAUGAGUUUGACCGCCUCGUGGUUCCGGAACCAGAGGUGGACUUUGAUGCCAGGUGGAGUGAACUAGACGCAAGGAUCAAUGUGACAGAGAAGAAUGCGGAAGAGCAUUGCUUUUACAUUGAAGAAACCCUUCGGAGAACCAUUAAUGGAGAGGUAGAUGACUUGAGGCAACUUCUUGAUCAGAAGUUGCAGUCUCUGGAAGAGCGCGUGGGGAGCGUUCUCCUGGAGGUGGCCAAUAGCGCCGAGGCAGGCCUCACGCCCCCGGUGUCAGGACCUGGGAACCAGCAGCUCUUGAUGGCGUUGAACCACCUGAAGGACAAAGUUCAAGCUGUGGAGGGUAUGUGCCUGCAGAACUUCCAGGGAGUGCCUCAUGGGAUAGAAGAUUCUUUGCUAAAUGGAGAAGACCACACAGUGGGUGUUAGUGUGAGCCUUCUGAAAUCUCUAAAUGACACAGUGCAUAGGAGGUUCCAAGAAACUCAACAUAGCAUCCAGAAACUUCAACAGGAUUUUAAUUUCCUGUAUUCUCAGGUAAACAAAACAAAAGUCAGCGUGAAUCAUCUUCAGAAUGAGCUAAGCAAUUGUAGAGAAGGUGAAAAUGCUGGGGUGGGUGGGUUUUCUAAGGGGGGCGAGCAGGAAAGGUCGGUGAAGCCCCUCCUGUCCUCCAAGGACCCCCCGGCUCAUUGCUGUGGCCAGCUGGAGGACAGGUGGCAGAGGCUGCAGAUCCGGGUCCUUUCUGAGCUGGACGCUUAUAAGGAAAAUGUGCACAGGGUCCAGAGGGAAGUCUCCGGGGUUGAGGGCAGGGUGUCUCAUAUGGAGAAAACGUGCAGCAAACUGGACUACCUCUCAGAAAGUCUUGAGAGGAUCAAGGAAGGGCUCAACCAGCAUGUCAGCAGCCUGUGGAGUUGUGUCAGGCAGAUGAAUGGAACACUUUGGUCACAUUCCAAAGACAUUUCUGGCCUGAAGAAUUCAGUCCAGCAGUUCUACAGCCACGUUUUCCAGAUUUCUACUGACUUGCAAGAUCUGAUCAAAUUUCAACCAUCAGCAACGGAGGAGCCCUUGGAAGUGCCACCACCCCAAGUGAAGGUGCCCGGGAGGGCAGUGCUCCCGACAGAGGCCCCCACCAUGCCCGCUGGCCCGCAGCCUGACCCUCUUCCACACCCAGGCUGGGCGGGGCUUCCCGGCUACACCGGUGUCAUCAUGGAGACUGGAGAGGCCGGGCCCCCGGGUAGGAAGGGCAUGUCAGGCCGGGGCCUGCCGCGGGGCGUGGACGGCCAGACACGGCUGGGGCGCGUACCCAGUGCCGAGGGCGUUGCAGGAGCGCCAGGAUACCCCAGGUCACCUCUUGCAACCUCCCCAGGAGUUCCAGUGCCUUUGCUGGUGUCUUUCUCUGCGGGGCUCACCCAGAAGCCUUUCCCCAGCGAUGGGGGCGUCAUCCUCUUCAACAAAGUGCUGGUAAAUGAUGGCGAUGCUUACGACCCCCACACCGGGAUUUUCACAGCUCCCUAUGAUGGGCGAUACCUCAUCACAGCCACCCUCACUCCUGAGAGAGAUGCAUACGUGGAAGCUGUCCUGUCGGUCUCCAAUGGCAGUGUGGCCCAGCUGCACACAGCCGGCUACAAGAGAGAAUUCCUGGAGUAUCACCAGCCCCAGGGGGCCCUGCACACUUGUGGAGGCCCAGGGGCCUUCCACCUUAUUGUGCACUUGAAGGCAGGAGAUGGUGUCAACAUAGUGGUGACUGGGGGCAGGUUGGCUCACACAGACUUUGAUGAGAUGUAUUCCACAUUUAGUGGGGUUUUCUUAUAUCCUUUUCUUUCUCACCUCUAGGGAAAAAAGAGGAAAGGUAACUGUAAGAACUUGGAAGUUUUAAUAUAUUCAGUUUAUGUAGGUAAUGGAGCACUGGUCUAGUUUUCUACAGCCAUCUCAUCACCUCCCCCAAGAUAAAGGUUCUACCUGGCUGCUAGACCACCAAGCCUUGGAGGUCCCAGGCAGACAGCGAGGAGCUGUAAUUGGUUAUGUGGCCACUGCCUUCUGCUGCUCCACUGGACGACUGGAGUCAGGAAUCGUUGCAGCUCCCAGCUCUGCACUGCCUGCUCUGGACCCAUAGGGUGCCCCCCAGCAGGGCAAGGCCACAGGGUCACAUCCUGCUGAUGGAGAGGGAGAGCUGCUGGGCUAUGGGCUGGGAGGAAGUGGGCCAGCACACCUGGUACCUGGGGCUACAAUUUUGACUGGAGAGCAGAACCAUCGCUGACUAUUUUGUCUUUCUUUAUGCUGCAUGGAGAAGAGAAGUUUAAACACCGAAGUGCUGUGAUGGCACAUGCCACUACUGAUCCACGGGUCGUCUGGGCUGCUGGGGCUUGGCUCCCUGCUGCUCACAUGGGCUUUUGUCCAGCAGUGAAGGGAUGCACGAGAGACUGUCUCUGCAGCUUGCUGCACUCCUUGAAUGACAUGUACAAUUGAGUGCGAAGACAGGGAGUGCCAAUAAAGAUUAAACCACUUUCA